AUGGCCGCCGUGGAGACAUACCACGAAGAAGUCGUCAGCGAAGUCGUCGAAGUCGUCGAAGUUGUCGAAGUCGUACAAGUUGAAAAUGUAGAUUCCGAGAAAGUUCAGGACGACAUUAAGGAAGAUGAAAUAAGCCAUGAUGAAACUUCCAUUGAACAACAGACCGAACAAGCAACAAUUGUCAACACUGCAACCAUUACCUCUACCGACGAUAUACCUCUGCCCGAAGGCCUAGUCGUCGAAAAAUUCGAGCAUACUACUUCCACUCGCAUUGUCGAACAAGCAUUAGACCACAAAGAUGCUGAAACACUCGAAACAAAUGCUGGCAUUGUCGAACACUUCGAUCAAACCGAAGUCACUGAACAUGCUGUCAGCGAGACCAGCGAACACCACACCGAGGAUCAUGUAGAGCAUACCGAGGACGAGUCGAUUGCCGAAACCGACGGCAAAGACGAAUCCCACGAGGAAGCUCACGAAAACAGAUCCAUCUCUGGUGAAUCUGUUGCUACCGAAGGCAAAGAAUCCACCAAACCUCCGGCAGAACCGCUCACUCCUCCCAAAAGCCCUAUUACUGAGGAUUCCGUCAAGGAAAAAGAGCAGGAAAAAAAGUCUGCGAAACCCGCUGCUCCCUCUAAAAUAGCAACAAAAACACGUUCAAAACCGAGUGUUACCGGAAAAACUACAACAUCUGCAACCGCUACCACUACUGCUAAAACACGUACUCGCAGCUCAUCCAUCUCAAAGACCUCGACUGCUCCCGUAAAGUCGACCACUCGUCAAAACAGCGCCACUACUACAACAAAGACAAAGACUGUAAAACCAACUAUCGGUGCGACUACUACUAGAUCCGCAACCGAUAAGAAGGUCAGCACAGCUACUACGCGUUCUAGUACCGUAAAGUCACCUAAAACUCCUACGGCCUCUGCGACUACGACAACCACCGCAAAGAGGACAACUAGCGUCGGAUCUACGCCUUCUACUCAUGCCAAGAAGCCCAGCAUUUCGUCCAGCAUUUCAAAGACAAAAACUUCGACCACAACCACCGGUACCAAGCCAACUUCAACGGCAACAAAACCUCCGGCUAAGGCCAACGGCGUUGCAAAGGCAUCUGCGUCGACGUCGGCGUCUGCAGCUGCCGAAAUUCAUGGUUAUAAAGAAAAGAUCGAGGAGCUUCAAAAACUCAUCGAGGAAAAGGAUAAUCUGUUGAAGACCCAAGAAAAAGAACUUGAAACUCUCAAGGCGUCUAUAAGUCAGAAAUCGCUCGAUGGCGCAGUUCUAUCAGAAGAAGGAACUGCUCAAACUCAGAUCGAGCACGAUGAAGCGUUGUCGAAGGAAGCAGAAAUCGAAUUGCUUAGGAAAGAAAGGAAAAGAUUAGAAGAUGAGCUUUCGAACUACAAGGUGACAUACGAAGAAAAGGUGGAGCAGAUCAAGGCUAAAUAUGAGAAUGAGCUUAAUGAGCUUCGUGAGAUAAAUUCUAGUAAUGCGGCAAAGGAGGCCGAAUUAACACAAAGGCUUGAGAGUGGAGAAAGCGUUGCACAAGAACUUACUGCAUUGCGAGUAGAUCUAGAGAACAAAGACAAAGCUCAUCUGGAAGAGAUUAAAAACUUGCAAGAGGCUCAUGAAGCUGAUAUCAAAGCAUUGGAAUUCCAGCACGCCAAGGAUAUUGAGCAGACACGCGAACAAGCGCGUGAACAAGUUAACAUUGAGUUACAGUCUUCCCAGCAGGAGCAAGCCUCAGAAGUGGGCGUCCUCAUUGAACAAUUGAAAGCCCAGCAUGCCCGCGACCUCAGUGAGAAAGAACAGGCCUACAACGCGCAAUUAGAAAAACUCGUCAAAGAACGUGAAGAGUUGAUAGAAGCUGCCAAAGAUGAUGCUCAAUCAAAACUCGUUUCCCAACACAAUGAACAACUCCUAAACCUCGAACGUACGCACGAAGAGGAAGUCAGACAACUCAAGUCUAAUCUUCAAACCAAGUAUGAUGGUGCUGUUCAAGAGCUUGUCGCACUCAGAGCUCAGCAUUCCCAAGAUAGAGAGGAACUAAUCAAAAAGCAUGAGACCGAGAUAUCUGAACUCAAGGCUCAACACGAAGCUGCGUUGGCUGCAACCAGAGACGCUGGAGGUAACGAUUCGGCUGUUUACGCAAAAGAAAUCGAGACCCUAAAGGCCGAGCAUGCUAAAGAAGUAGAAACUCUUGUCAAUAAAUACGAAGAGCAAACCAUAAGGCAAGAGAGUUUGAAAGAUGACUAUGAAAAGGCUAUUGUAGAACUGAAGGAAAAACAUGCAAAAGAUGUUCAAGAGAAGAUGUCCGCUUUUGAGAAAGAAAGUAAGGCUCAAGUAGAAGUUUUACUAGCAGAAAUCGAAAGUUUGAAGAAGACUGCGUCCGAGGAUAAGUUGGUCGAAAUGGACCUUGUCGCAAAACACGAAGCCGAGCUAAAGGAACUAAAGGAGACUCAUGCUAAAGAGUUGGAAGAGUUGGUUAAGUCUGAUAAUGCUUCCUUUGAUGAACUUGAAGCACUGCAAAACCAGCUUUCGAUUGCCAAAAAACAGAACAAUGACUAUGAAGAUCAGCUGCAGGAAUUUACCGAGCACAUGAAUUCCCUCGCUAAGCAACACGCCGAAGAGAUGCAGUCGUUGAUGGCAGCCAAUAAGCGGAAUCAUGAAGACGACAUUGAGCAGCUCACGAAAGCUCAUACUGAACAAAUGAAGGCAUUCGAAGAAGAGUCUAACAUUGUAAAGAGACAAUUUGAGAAUCUUCUCACGAUAAAGGACGCGGAAUUCGAUGAGCUCAACAAGCGACUUAAGAAUGUUGGAAAUAUAGAAGCACUUCACCAAGCGCAUAACGCAAAGAUUGCCGAACUAGAGGCUGCACAUGCACGAGCACUUGAAGAGAAAGAUGAAAAGAUCAAGAAUACUACUAUGGAACUUAAAUGGAUCGAAGAAGAAAAUGAUCAGCAAGAGGCAAGUUUCUUUUUAACGAUUGAUUGGUUGAUGAAGCAAGCCAGAUAUUUUCAAUCAUCAAUACGCAACAAAUUUUUAAUAUCAUGUCCACAACUUGUUUGUAUAUAG